AUCAGUCAUGUUCGCAGCUCGCAACGCCCUCCGCGCUGGCCUUCGCCAGGCUCAGCAGCCUCGCAUGUUCUCGACUUCGGCCGUCAACAACAAGAAUGUUGCCGUCCUUGGUGCUUCGGGUGGAAUUGGCCAACCUCUCUCCCUCCUCCUGAAGAACGACCCCCUCGUUACUCAGCUCCGCCUCUUCGACGUCCGCCUCGCCCCCGGUGUUGCGGCAGACAUUGGCCACAUCAACACCCCCGCAGUCACCACCGGCUACUCGCCCGAUGGAGCUGAGGGUGGGCUCGAGAAGUGCCUCGAGGGAGCUGAGGUUAUUGUCAUCCCUGCCGGUGUGCCGAGGAAGCCCGGAAUGACCCGUGACGACCUCUUCAACACCAACGCCUCCAUCGUCCGUGACCUUGCCAAGGCUGCGGCCAAGGUCGCCCCCAAGGCGCACAUGCUCAUCAUCUCGAACCCGGUCAACUCGACUGUCCCCAUCGUCCGUGAGGUCUUCAAGAAGGCCGGUGUCUACGAUGCCAAGAAGCUCUUCGGUGUCACCACCCUCGACGUCACCCGCGCUUCCACCUUCCUCUCCGGCAUCUCCGGUGCUGCUCCCUCGGAGACGAUCGUCCCCGUCGUCGGUGGCCACUCUGGCGUGACCAUCGUCCCUCUCCUCUCUCAGGCUGCCCAGUCUUCGUCCGUCAAGGCUGGCGAGCAGUACGAGAAGCUCGUCCACCGCAUCCAAUUCGGCGGUGACGAGGUCGUCAAGGCCAAGGACGGUGCCGGCUCCGCUACCCUCUCCAUGGCUUACGCCGCCGCCGUCUUCACCAACUCGCUGCUCCGCGCCCUUAAGGGCGAGAAGGGCAUCAAGGAGUGCGCGUACGUCGACUCGCCCCUCUACAAGGACCAGGGCGUCGACUUCUUCGCCUCGGCCGUCGAGCUUGGCCCUGAGGGUGUCAAGGAGAUCAACCCUAUUGGCAACAUCAGCAAGGAAGAGGAGAAGCUCCUCGAGGCUGCCGUUCCUGAGCUGGCCAAGAAUGUGCAGAAGGGCAUCAAGUGGGUUGGUGAGAACCCUUAAAAGCGGGUGGGGGAGAAGAAGGUGUGGAAACAUAUCAGUAGACGCCCGAUGAGGAGCCGUUGCGUGGGAGGGAGAGGAGACGAUGACACUUGGGAGUCGUAGUCCUCUUCUGCCCACUCCUCGUUUUUAAUUCAAUAUCGUCCCCUGUUUCAGGUGCAACACAACGACAACGAUGCAGCGAGCGUGAUGUAGCAAGACGAUCCUCGGUGUGAGCGCACAAUGGCGGCGUGAGUACGAGCACGAAACAAAGUGAGAGAAGGGUAGCCGUGAGGUCGACGGCAAAAAGGGACGAUGAUCGCGGGCGCCUUCGUAGAGCUCGUCAAUCAUGCACGAGUACCCACAACUGUAGGAGCU